AUGUCUGAGGCACUACUAUCAGCAUUCGCCAAGGCCAAGCGCGAGGAGAGACCUGCAUUUAUCCCAUACAUCCCCGCUGGCUACCCGGCCCCAGAUCAGACUGUGCCUAUACUUUUAGCACUUGAGAAAGCUGGUGCGGACAUCAUCGAAGUGGGUGUACCAUUCACAGACCCGAUUGCGGACGGACCUACCAUCCAGGCUGCGAAUCAG